AGCAUGGGCCGCACAUAAGUCUAAUCCUACUCCUUUGCAGAAGAGCGUUCCACCACCGCGUCCGACCGCCGACGCGACCGGCGGCGACCCUCCCUCUUCAGCCGUUCGCCGGACUUGCGGCCAGACAGAUCCCCUUCGCCGCCGGGAGCAAGAUCAGGCGGUGUCCGCGGCGGGGCUCGUCGGGAUCUGCCCCCAUCCAUGGUCGCGCGGCGCCGCUUCUGACUGCUCCGCCCCCGCGUUGAUGCGCUGCCCGCGGCAUCGAGCCGCAAGGUUUUUGUCAUAUUAAUCAUGGUGCUUAGCAAGGUUGAAGUGAACUUGAUAAGGCUGCUUGAGGCAGCUCCUCGACAGCAGAACCAGACUAAGCUUGUCCAUUAUGUAACCACAGCCAGGGAACUGUUGGAGCAGCUAGGAUCAGAAACUACUCUAGAAGGGAUAUCAAGUGUAUCAAAAGCUAAGACAAGUGAGUAUUCAGAAAAGAUUGAAGCAUUGGCUGCCCGGCUUGCUGCUCCAGAGCCAGAAAAUGAAAUGCCAGUUGAUGAGAAUAGAGAGGUAGAAAGCUCUUAUGAAGGAGAUAAGCCAGGAAGUCCAAUAUCAUUAUCAUCAGGAUUACGUAGGAGACCAAUGUAAGUUUUAAAAUUUGUAUGUUUCUUUUUCAUAAUUAUUACAAUUAGCGAGCUAAUAAUGGAUGUAAAUUGUAUGUUCUUUUACAUAUGUUUGAUGAAUUGUAACUGAACACAUUUAUCUUUUCUAUGGACCCUUUGUAUAUUACUAAAUCCGGUUUGAAUGAAUUUGUAUGUACUGAACUUAGAUGGACUAUUUAUGUAAGCUUUGCAGACUUGAAUUUUGAUGUAUGGAUUGUGAUUGAUGUUCA